GCGGCUACCGCUACAGCGACCUUUCACAAGCCGCCCCCGGAUGUGUGCCGAAUUAUUCAAGAAGGCGAUCUUUCAUGGUUGUCGGUGGCCUUCGACUACGGAGUGCUCCCGGUGCAGGCGGGCCGAUUCUUGAGUUGGUCUGCGAAUGGACCGAUUGGAACCUCACACCUCCUACCGGAGCAGCUCAUACCGACAACUGUCCGUGGUGGACUGGGACGACAGUCUGCAAUUGAGUUCAAGGUCCUGACCCUGAAUGCGCAGAGCCUCAAUGGUAAGUGCCGAUACUAUGAGGACCAGCUCGAUGCAUUGGGUAUAAACCUGGCCCUUUUCCAAGAGGUCAUGGGCGGAGCUGGUGCCUGCUCCAGCAGGAGAUUCCUCAGACUUUCAACGGACUCUGCUAAGCAUUGGGGAGUCGCGCUGUGGGUGAGCAAAAAGCGCGGUAUACUGUCAAGCAAUGGCUACCCGCAACAUGUGCAGGAGGAAGACAUCCAAGUGGUUUUUGAAUCACCGCGGCUGCUUAUACUCUCGAUCAAUGCUGCACCCUGCAAGAUUAUUGCCGUAUCCGGGCAUUGCCCACACAACCUCCGCAAGGACGAGGCAAAGCAGUUCCACAACGACCUCUCGUACCACCUCGGGCGGAUCAAGGAGACUGGCAUCGUGGUGGUCGGCAUUGACCUGAAUGGAAGGGUGCCUACUGGCAUCGAGGGAGUCACGGGUGGCUUGGAACAUGGCGAUCCGGACGACAACGGUCGGGCCUUUGUGGUGACAGCCGAGUUGGCAGGAAUCUGGCUCCCGGCCACCUACCAGGAAUACUGCAAUGGAACUUCGACCACCUACAGGCAGGCCAAUGGGGCGGAACACCGGAUCGACUACAUCGGCAUAGGGGGCUGCCUGAAAGUCACUGAGAUUUCAAGCUGGGUGGAGCAAGCCUUUGACACAGCGAAUGUCAACGAUGAUCACUCGGCGGUUGUCCUCGAUGUCACGGGUUCCAUUGGCGGAACUGGCCUCCAAAAGAGACUGCAUCGCCCUAGGUACGACACUGGGAAGAUGCUGACCGAGGAGGGCAAGGCCAUCAUUGAAAAGGAGCUGGCCCAGUACAGCCCGCCUCUGUGGGAGAUACAUCCUGAUGAUCAUUGCCAACACCUCCAGGACUUUAUGCAUGACAUCAUGAAAAAGCACUUCAGCUUGGAGGUUGGGAGACCCAAGGCCAGCUACAUACCGCACGAAGUUUGGAAACUUCGAGAGGGCAAGCUCGGGCUCAAGAGACGUACCCGGCAUCGGAAGGACCUCAGUGAGGCAUUACUCUCGAGAGCGUUCCUACAAUGGAAGACGAGGGAGGACUACGGUGUUCUGGU